CGCCGCUGCUGAUUGUGCCUUGUAGCGUCUGCACUCUCCACUCCUCCCUGUGCGCUGUCGUUACUCCCCCGGCAUCAUGUCUGCGGACCCGUGCUCAUUUUCGUCCAUCAACAGCUGUCUCACCAAACACCUGAACCUCUGUCUAAAUGUGGAUUUCACCAAACGGGUGCUCAAAGGCCGGGCGACCCUUACCCUGGAGGCUCUGGAGGACCGUUUCUCCGUGCUGACUUUGGAUACCAGAGACUUGAAGAUCAUCUCAGUGAGUGCAAAUGGUCAGGAAGCCAGCUUUACCCUGGGGUCCAAACACAGCUUCAAGGGCACACCACUGGAAAUCAGGCUGCCAUUUGAUAUCUCCAGGGGGCAGCAUGUGAUAGUAGAAGUAAAAUAUGAGACAUCUCCUUCUGCUACUGCUUUACAGUGGCUUACACCUGAACAGACUGCUGGCAAGAAGUACCCUUACCUAUUUAGCCAGUGUCAGGCACACCAUUGCAGAAGCAUGGUGCCUUGUCAAGACAGUCCCUCUGUCAAACACACUUACUAUGCCCAGGUGUCUGUCCCAAAGGAUCUGGUAGCAGUGAUGAGUGCUGUCCGUGAUGGCCAUGAGAUGGAUCCUCAGGACAGUGAGCGCAUUGUCUACCGCUUCAGGCAGCCAGUGCCCAUGCCUUCAUACCUUAUAGCCAUAGUGGCGGGAGCACUUGAAAGCAGGGAAAUUGGACCAAGAUCUAGAGUCUGGUCUGAGAAAGAAUUUGUGCACCAAGCUGCAUCUGAGUUUUCUGAGACUGAACAGAUGCUGCAGACCGCUGAAAAACUGGCUGGCCCAUAUGUUUGGGGUCAGUAUGACAUCUUGGUUCUGCCACCUUCUUUCCCAUAUGGAGGCAUGGAGAACCCCUGUCUGACUUUUGCUACACCAACUCUUCUGGCAGGAGACAAAUCCUUGUCCAAUGUAAUUGCACAUGAAAUCUCUCACAGCUGGACUGGAAAUUUGGUGACCAAUAAGACCUGGGAACAUUUUUGGCUGAACGAGGGCCACACAGUGUACCUGGAGAGGAUGAUUGGGCGGAGUAUGGAAAGUGAGCAGUUCAGACAAUUUAAGGCCAUGGGAGGCUGGAAAGAUCUGCAAGACUCUGUCAACACAUUUGGUCCCAACAGCCCUUUGACUAACUUGGUACCCAGCCUUCAGGACGUUGAUCCCGAUGAUGCCUUCUCCUCUGUCCCCUAUGAAAAGGGCUUUGCUCUGUUGUAUCAUCUGGAGGAGCUGAUGGGAGGCCCAGAGGUAUUCAUGGAGUUUGUGAAAUCAUAUAUCCAGAUGUUUGCUUACAGCAGUGUCACUACUGAUCAGUGGAAGAAUUACCUGUUCACUUACUUUAAAGAUAAGGUGGACAUUCUGAACAAAGUAGACUGGAAUGCCUGGAUGUAUACACCAGGAAUGCCUCCUGUGAAGCCUCAGUAUGACACCACUCUGGCUGAUGCCUGCAUUGCCUUAAGUCAGAAAUGGAUUAAGGCCAAAGAACAGGACCUGAAUGGUUUCAAAGAGUCAGACAUAAAAACUUUGUCGUCUCACCAACUUAUUGAGUUCUUGUCCCUUUUGCUCCAAGAGGAUCCUUUACCUCUGACUCAUGUAAAGAAGAUGCAGGAUCUUUACAACCUCAACAGUUACAUGAACUCUGAAAUACGCUUCCGAUGGCUACGCUUAUGUGUGCGCUCAAAAUGGGAGGAAAUGGUCCCAGUGGCUUUGAAGAUGGCAACAGAACAGGGCAGGCUUAAGUUUACACGGCCACUUUUCAGGGAGGUGUACACCUUUGAGAAGUAUCGUGAAGAAGCAGUGAGGGUGUUCCUAGCCCAUCGUGCAGCCAUGCACCCAGUCACAGCUGGAUUGGUAGCCAAGGCCCUGAAAGUAGAGCAGAGCCAGAGCACUGGUGUGUGAACGCCACAUUUCAUCACAAAGAAAGACGCCUUAUUGUCUCAUGUCAAGUCGUACAUAUUUUAUAAAUGUAAACAUUCUUUCUGUAAUGUUUGAUUCUCAACCAUGUUUUCAUCUCAGGGUUGGCAAUUUUAAUAAAUCAGGAACCUACUUUCAAACAUUUCUA